AUGCGUGGAAGGCUUUAUCGGGCCCAGGGCUGUGUGAACGUCUUCACGCCCGGCCCGGCUCCCCGCUUUCCUGAGCCCACAGCCCGGGAACCCCGGGACAGCCGGGGAGCCCGGCCAGGCCAGGCCAGGCCACGCCCCCCUCCUGCCCGCACGCGGGAGUUCUUCUCGCCAAUCUCUCUUCCGAAGAAAAUCCCCGAGGAGGGAAAAGGGAGCGAGAGAAAGAGAGACUUUGACAGGCGGGCGGAGAUUGAAGCGGAGCUGGCCCUCCCGCCNNGUCUCCUCAGGCUGGUCCUCCUGUCCGGAGGGUCGGCGGGCAAGCCCAAGGCCUCGGAGGUGCUGAGCCGGCACCUCCUGCAGAGGGGCCUCCCCCACUGGACCUCCUUCUGCGUCAAGUACAGCUCGGUGGACAACGACCAGUUUGGCCUGUCCAACUUCAACUGGGAGGUGAAAGGGACGAACUACCACAUCCUGCGGACUGGUUGCUUCCCCUUCAUCAAGUACCACUGUUCCCGGGCACCCCACCAAGACCUGGCAUUGCAGAACUGCUUCUUCUCAACGCUUAAAAUAAUAAACUUUGGUAUCCCAACGUUAUUAUAUGGAAUUGGCUCCUGGUUCCUUGCCAAUGUCACAGAAACUGUUCAUACACACUACGGUCCAAUUACUAUUUACUUUCUGAAUAAAGAAGAUGAAGGUGCUAUGUACUAAAGAACUGGUUUCAAGAAAUAUUACUGAUGUGGCAAAUUGCAGCAAAGCAAUUUGAUUUUUGCCACCUCAGAACAGAAAUAAAAGAAUGGAUCUGCAGGUUGCAGUCUACUUUGAUAUAAUA